CCAAAAAAAAAAGGAAAAUAAUAAUAAAAAAAGAAAGAAGAAACCCAUCUCGAGACGACAAUAAUUGGAAGUCUGAAGAAGAACACAGGGCCACAGAAUUCGAUAAAGAAAAAAAAAGGAAACGAGAAAAAUAGUGGGUAAUAAAAAAAAUCUCGAGAAAAGAUCCGUAGAUGAAAGGGAAAUCGAAGAGCUCGAAGAGAAAGCUAGGGUUGGCACCUGCCUUGUAGUCUUGGCUACACUACCAAUCUUCAAGUGGCUUGUUUGCUUCCACCUUCUUUUCUCAGGAUGUGCCGAUUAUCAGACCCAGGCUGAGAAGGCUUGAGGUGGUGCAUGAGGAGGGUGAGAAAUAUCGUGAUCCGAUGCCACAUGGAGAAACCGGGGAUAGUUUGAUGGAAUCUAUUCCGUUUCAGGUUUUAAGUUGGAAACCAAGAGCUUACUAUUUUCCCAACUUUGCAACUGCAGAACAAUGUGAUCGUAUAGUUGAAAUGGCAAAGUUGAACCUUAAACCAUCUACUUUGGCUUUGCGCAAGGGAGAAACUGUAGAAAGCACUAAAGGCACUAGAACAAGUUCGGGAACUUUUCUUAGUGCAUCAGAAGAUGAAACUGGGACCUUGGACUUGAUUGAGAAAAAAAUUGCGAAGGCUACAAGCAUCCCACAGAGCCAUGGAGAGGCAUUUAAUAUUUUGCGGUAUGAGAUUGGGCAGAAGUAUGAUUCCCAUUAUGAUGCAUUCAAUCCGUCUGAAUAUGGUCCACAGUCAAGCCAAAGGGUUGCGUCAUUUUUGUUGUAUUUAUCUGAUGUAGAAGAAGGAGGAGAAACAAUGUUCCCUUUUGAGAAUGACAUGAGAAUUAACGGCUAUAACUAUAGACAAUGCGCUGGUUUAAAAGUAAAGCCACGAAGGGGGGAUGGACUUUUAUUCUAUUCACUUUUUUUGAAUGGCACAAUUGAUCGGACGUCUCUUCAUGGAAGCUGUCCAGUGAUCAAGGGGGAGAAAUGGGUUGCUACAAAAUGGAUUAGAGACCAAGAGCAAAAUGACUAAUAAGUUGCUGUAAAAUUCACAGAUUAUCGACGUUGUUAUCAAUGGUCAUAAACCUCUGUUUUGAAAGGAUAAUUCUUUAUGAUUUCAUCAACCCCAUUUGACUCUGUUUUAUUUAUUGGCAAACACCUCCAUGACCUGCCCUUGUACAGCUUUUGUGUAAGAAAAAUGUAGCAGAUGGGCAAAUGUAAGUAAAGAAACAACUAAAAAAGUAGGUCCACUGUAUUACUCAAAGGUUUGGCUAUGGAGGAUUUCUUCGGUGAAAAGCAAAAUAAAGUUAUAAAUUGCUAUUUAAAA